AUGUACUUCUACUUUUCAGCUUUGUAUGGCCCCGCAGAUUCCUGCGAAAGGCGAUGUAACGAAAAAUAUAACCCAGGAGAUGACUGCCAUUGUGAUUAUAAUUGUGAACAAAAUCAGAACUGCUGUGAAGAUUACCACAUCCACUGCAGAAAAGGUAAAGCAUUCUCAGAUCAAGCUUGACUAAAGGGAUUCUCAACCACAGGCAAUACUAUUACAAAUGAAGACUUACAAGAAGUAUCAGAGAAGAUUUACCACAGUGACCACAACAGAGCAGAAGAGUCUGACAUUACCCUGAACAAACAAUACUUAGCUUCCAAGACAAAUGGGCAUGAAGAUCAUUCCCCAGAUCAGCUCUUCACUUAUGUCAACCACGAGAAGCUCUUCUCAAGGCCGACUUAUGCCAGCUUCAUCAAGCUGUUGGAUAACUACCAUGCAGAAGUCGGGACAGGGGAGGAAUUCACCAAAGAACAGAUGAAGGAACAGGACAUUUUCCUCCAGGAGAUCAUGAAGACCAAGGUCAUGAAAGAGCUAUAUAAGUUUCUUCACAGCAAAAAUCGUUAUGAUACAGAACCAGAAUUUGUGGAUGAUCUUAAGAAGAUGUGGUUUGGCCUUUAUUCCAGAGGCAAUGAUGAUGGUGACUCCAGUGGCUUUGAGCAUGUCUUUUUAGGAGAACUCAGGAAAGGAAAAGUAACUGGAUUCCACAACUGGAUUCGUUUCUACCUUCUGGAGAAACAGGGCAUAGUUAACUAUUCCAGCUACAGCUAUGAUGGUCCGUGGACCUCAUAUCCAGAUGUGUUGGGGAUGCAGUUCAACUGGGAUGGAUUUUACAAGGAGGUUGGAAGUGCCUUUAUUGGAAGCAGUCCUGAAUUUGAAUUUGGCCUUUAUUCACUGUGUUUCAUUGCUCGACCUGGAAAAGUGUGUCAUCUGAAAGCUGGAGGCCACAAUCUGAAUAUCCAAACAUAUACUUGGGAUAAAUCCACCUAUGACAAUGGCAAAAAGUAUAUUGGCACAGCUUAUGUGGUUACCCCAUGA